UGGCCUUGAAUUUGGGACCACUGCUUUUUGAUAUUCUUUUUGAAAUAAUUGUCCGGAAAAAACACCUGCCUCAGUGGUCCCAGCAAUUAAAGUGAAACUGCUUGAUUAGAAGCGGACAUUUGAAUCUGGAGGCAGGUCUUUUCUUCACAGGAGUAAGGAUUUUCUGAUAAUGUUUGCUUUUUUGGGGGGAAGCCAGACACAGCAAACCGCCCGGCAACUAGUUCCUACUAGGGAGGGUUGAGUCCGUCCCACAUGCAUUAAAGAGUGUUGUGUUUCCUUCAUAGGGGGAAAUGGGACAGGUGCACAGUCACCUGAGGCUUUCACCAAGUCCAGGAGGUAGCGCUACGGGAGUUAAUUGCGUUGGGGUAAAGUGCGUGCGGAAGACGCUUGCAUGAGCCUGUGCAUGAAAGCACGCCUAUCAUUCGGCUCUAACACAAAACCAAUGCUUGUGCUGCUUGUUUUUACACAUGUGUGGCAUUUUGCAGCCAUGGUCUUCAAGUUCCAUGCCGGACAUACCAAGCCUACAUCCAUCAAUUUUCAUAUCGCGGCAAGCGUGGCACACUUAACAGUGGAUAUGUUAUCCUUCGAUCAACAGCCCAUUAUUCAGCCGUGUUAAUAUGUGUAUAUAUAUAUAUUGUUUUUUUGAGAAGACAUGUGUGAUUUCUCUGAGAUUCGCUGAGGACAGGAGACACUGGUGUGGCAUUUUCUGAACAAGGUUUGUGCCUACUGCAGAUUGCGGCAUUGGUGCUCCUGUCCCACUACAGAUUUUGCACAGACAUCAGGCACACACAGAGAUCCGCAUGAUGAACACCAAGGGUUCUGGAGAAUUUGCAACCUGGGACGUGGACUGUGAGCAGGCCUUUGAGGUUGCUUUGCCACCACGGUGGGAGUUUCGAGACCGGGCGUUUGGUUCGCCUGGGAUUUGGAGACCCUUCAACGAGGCUGUGAGCUGUGAGAUCAAUGCGUUGGUUCGUCGCGGUCAGCGCCGCGGAAACGUGUCCAUAAGCGGAGCAGAGUUUGCCGUGGAUUUGCAGGACAUGGUUGCCAUGCCAACUGACCAGUAUGCUGUUCCAAGAGGCCUGCGGAAAAAUGUGAGACAACCCAAUGUCAACAAGAAGGCUUUGCGACAGCUUUACCAGAAGUACGCGGAGGAGUUGCUGCCAGCAGACCAUCCAGGAGGGCCAGACGGCAUUGCUGGCGACAAGUUUCUUGAAUUGUUCAAGGACUUGGAAGUAGAUCCUGGAACUGAUGUUGCAGCCCUCGCACUUGCUUCUGCUUGCAAUGCUGCGGAGAUGGGUGUUUUUCGAAGGCGAGAAUUCAUUUGUGGUUGCGCUGCAUUGGAGGUCGACAACAUUGCAGACCUUCGCGGCAAAAUGCCAGAAUUACGAGAUAAUGUCAUAUCUGGCAAGUCAUUGCCAGAAGUUUAUGCGUACACCUUUGGGGUUGCUCUGGAGCCCCCUUGCAAACUGCUGCCUCUUGAAGAGGCUGCGCAGUACUGGGCUCUCUUAUUGCCAAAUUGGCCUUUACGGGAAGACUUUUGUGACUGGGCGAUGAGGCACAUGAAGGGAAAGGCCAUCAACAGAGAUUUGUGGAUGAUGAUCUUGAAGCUGGCGACGGAAGUUCCAGCUGAUUUGUCGAACUUUAACGAAAAUCCAGCCUGGCCAGUGGUGCUUGAUGACUUUGUCGAGUACUACAGAGCUCAGAAGGGGCUGUGAGCUAUGACGACACGACCUAGCCUUGCGUCCUACACGUUAACGAAACAGCUGUUUUGCUUUGUGUUGCUUUGCCAGGCCAAGUCGUUGUGUAAGGAAAUACAGAUGUAUACGUGUUUGUGCUGUGGGUUGAACAGAUAACAAAAGGAUGUGAAGAGAAGAGAAGAGAGUUUCACUCUUGGACGCCAUGUGUCACAGCGUCAAAAAAGACGCGAGUUGCAGGAAACAUGUUUCGACUAGUCUAGCAAGAGCAAACCGUAAAUCUUUGUGCUUAAUGAUUGUCGGCCAGCCAGAACAGGUCGCUUUUGAGGUGGC